AUGAUCCGCCAAAGAAUUACCAUCCACAACCCAUCGGCCUCCCAUGACGGCCUAAUCACUCAUAUGGACAAGUCGUCGUUCCAAUUGAACGCCCCUCCCGAAGGCUUCUACGUGGAAAAGCGCAUCAUCGUGCCUAAAUCCCACCCAUUUCCGCUCAUUGAGCUGUUACGAGUCCAAGUCAAGGCCAACGAGGCAGUGGAUGGCAACCCACUCUUCAACUUUCCCACCACCCAGGGCACGGCAUUCUACGUAGAACCAAGCUCUGAGUACACCAGUGACCAGCAAAAGGACUUAAUCGAGCAGUCACAAGCUCUUGUGGAGCAAUUCACCCACAGUAUCAACGGCACCCAGUGGAUAGGUGCUUUGAAGACCAUCUACCUCUACAACGAAACCGUGGACCCUGAGCUCAUGCAGAACAUCGACAGAAUCACGCCUGGAACGAAGCUCCUUGUGGACGACUUCUCAAUUCUCGAUAUAUUUGUGUCUAAAGGUGGAAUGGUCCUCAAACAGGUCUACCACACUAACGAGCCUCUCAGCUUUGAGACCGACCCAGCCAUAAGCACCGAGGUGGGGCUUUUCUUGGUCGACCCUGCUGUGUCUACUCCCGAUGAUUUGGUCCUUUCAGGGCUCCGUGUGCUCUUGAACCAGGACGAAGACGAGGAAAACUACCACAAGACAAUGUUCCACUUUAAGCCUAGACACAGACACCUCGACGACUUUCCCGUGGAGUCAACCAUCACUGAAAACGGUCUUCAUCCAAUACUCAGCACCAAGUUCAAGAACGGCAUUCCAAAGCCAUCUGAUGACGAUAUCCAAGAGUGCAAGUUAUACUACCAUUUGAAUUUGGCUCGUUCGCUUAUUUUUGACAAGUACCAAUCAGUACCUGAAGGUGCCCGUUUGGUGGUGCAGAAUGGAAAAACUGAAUUAGAGGCUCCAGUUUACAAGGUUCACGAGUGGGGUAAUGAAAUUUUGUUCGAGUUUGAUGAUUUUAACUCAUCAAGCAUUGAUUUCACUCUCCAUUCUAGAUAUCAAGCCCCUGAUCAAUCAGAAAGUAUCACCAUUGCUUCCAACCCCAAACCAGAGGUAUUUGUCGCAUGUUCCAUUUCCGAGGAUCACCUUUUGGAUUACUCCCCCUUGGAUAACAAGGCCCCAAUUGGAGGUAAUUACGAAUUGUAUUUCACCAACGAUACGGUGUUUUACCACUUUCCACACUUGAAUGAGGGACUCAUUGAUGUGAAAGUUCCCCACGGGACAUCUGACUUCGCUCUGGUUAACACGAUUACUACAAUAGCCGUUGCAGCAGGUUUGUACAUUGUUCUUGCAAGCUUACUUAAAAGUGCAUUAGGAAGAGGAAAAAUCACAAAAGAAAAGAAGGACCAGUAG